UUACGAUACGAGUCCAAAAUGUCAGACAUCGAUAAAUGGAUAGAGAUUGCAAAAGAGUGCAAAUAUCUUCCUGAACAUGAUCUUAAGAAACUUUGUGACAUGGUAUGUGAUUUAUUAUUGGAAGAGUCUAAUAUUCAACCAGUAUCCACUCCAGUAACCGUGUGUGGAGAUAUUCAUGGCCAGUUUUACGAUCUAGAGGAAUUAUUUCGUAAUGGUGGUCCUGUGCCUGAUACAAAUUAUAUAUUCAUGGGAGAUUUUGUAGAUAGAGGGUAUUACAGUUUAGAAACGUUUACUCGGUUACUUACACUUAAAGCUAAGUGGUCUGAUAGAAUAACAUUGCUUCGAGGAAAUCAUGAAUCCAGACAAAUUACACAUGUUUAUGGUUUUUAUGAUGAAUGUCAAAAUAAAUAUGGCAAUGCUAAUGCAUGGAAAUACUGCUGUAGGGUAUUUGACUUGCUCACCGUUGCUGCCUUAAUCGAUGAACAAGUACUAUGCGUGCAUGGUGGAUUGUCUCCAGCCAUUAGGACAUUAGAUCAAAUUAGGACGAUUGAAAGAAACCAAGAAAUUCCACAUAAAGGUGCUUUCUGUGAUUUGGUUUGGUCUGAUCCAGAAGAUGUCGAAACAUGGACCGUUAGUCCACGCGGAGCGGGUUGGUUAUUCGGAAGUAAAAUAACGUAUAAUUUCAUGGAGAUAAAUGAUCUUAAACUUAUAUGUAGAGCUCAUCAAUUGGUUCACGAAGGUUACAGGUACAUGUUUAAUGACAAACUUGUAACAGUAUGGUCAGCUCCAAAUUAUUGUUAUCGUUGUGGUAAUGUAGCUAGUAUUUUACAGUUCACAACUGUCGAUCAAAGACGCCCAGUGCUAUUCCAGGCAGUGCCUGAUUCUGAAAGAGUAAUUCCGCCUUUAACAACUACGCCGUACUUUUUGUGAUCUAACUUAGUGCUCCAUUUGUUUGGAUGCAGAAGGGUGGUAUCUGCGUCUAGACUUUACGGAAUUACAUGACUGUUUCUUCAUAUUGAUAGACACAGGCUGGUACUCUGACGGAGCAUCAAAUUUUCGGGAACGUAUCGAAAGGUGGUACAUUAUUUAGAAUUUCGGUUUUUAAAAAGUUACUUUUUUUAUGUUUUUACGAUAAAAAAAAUGUGUCAUUUAAACGAAUAAAAAAGAAAAAACAAUUAUCAUGUGAUUAUCUAUUCAGGGAAUAUUCUUACACGUUUUUUAAGAAGAUUUACCCAUUUUUGUAUGUUAAAGAAUGAACUUUUAUACAUAGUGCGUCUGCCAUUGCAUCAGCCUGACUUCUUUAGUUCGACGAAUUUUUCGAAUUGAAAUGUGAACUUCUGUGGUCUAGACGCUUUUGCUGUCUACUGUGUACAUUCUGAGCAUUCGCAUCUCAGAGCAGUAUUGUGAACGUAUUGUUUUAAAGGCUAAACGCUUUUAAGUAAGUUGUGAACGCGAACAACAAAUGGUUCAGUACUAUAUGAAUGAAUAAAUGAAAAAAAAAACAAAAAAAAGAAACAAAAAAAAAACAUUUAAACAUUCCGCCGUGGAAAAGUCUCUGAGUAUAGUGAAUGCUUAACUGAUAUUAUGAUCGUUGUGCGUAGAAUUCAGGUUUAUUAAAGCGUGAGCAUAUAUACUACUGUUAAGGUCUUCCUGAGUAUGUAAUUGAUCUGUUUCUGGUUUAGAUACUGUGUGUGCUGCGUGCAAUUCUUUUAAUACUACUAGAUGCGCAAUCAGUGUUCUUAGCAGCAUAAAUUCGGCGGUUUCGCUGAGGUACAAAUAGUAUGUAGCAGUAGCCAAAGUUUUCCUGCCUAGGUAAGGAAAUUCAGUAGAAGAAAAAUUGUAUUAUAUGAUAGGAUUUUUGUUAAUAUUUCUAUGCACAUGACAACUUUAUAUUCCAUUCUUUCUUUCUUCUUUAUUACAAGCUCAACAUACCGUUUGCAAAAAUGUUUAAAGUAAAAAGAAAAAAAGAGAAAAAAGACAAAAAAAAAAUAUGUACAUUGAAAUUCUUUCCUAGUAUCGGCCUUUCCAGCCAUGUUUCACUUCUGUGUAUACAGAGCAAUAGUUUGAGUACUCUAUCGUUAUUCUCGGAAGCUUUGUACAGUUUCCAUAUUAUAUGCCAAAUCGCUGUCGUACUGAAUAAUUAUAAUAGCUAGAUUGUCAUAAGUUCAUUAAUGUAGGGAGCAAUUUUUAAGAACCGAGACCCUUAGCAAUGUGCCUCUAAAUUAAUAAGCGUUUGUGUAAUAUAAUGGUAUGAUGAUAUUGAUACAUAAUUAAUAGAACGCACCGGCCAUUGCGUAUCAUAAGCCUGAAUUCUGACCAUCGAUUUGCUAGCUCAUGAUAAUUCCUAACCGAUCACAGACUCGACAUAUAUGGCAUUGGCAUUGGCACUGGAUGUCAAGUUGAAACUACUCUAUUUUGAAUUUUGUGAUAUAGUUCAAGUGAGGCAUGUGAAAAUUGCGUCGACGUUUGUAACGAUUUUCCAUGUCGAGUCGUUUGAGGAUGUUUUGAAGACUUGUUAUUUCAAGAAGUAUAAUCAACUUUUGAACAGUGCCUUCAGAACUAUAACAUGACGGUCUACUAGAAGUAAACACUUUCUAAUGACAGAUAAUCAUAGAGACGAACUAGGACGGAUCAUAAUAAAUAACCGAGAGCUUAACAAAAGGGCGUGUAUAAGGAAUUUUCUCUUUCACCUUUUUUAUAUUCCAGGAAGUAUUAUUAACAAUCCCUUUAUGAUAAUUCGACUUUUUUAUUAUUAUUAUCUCUCGUAAGAUAUUUCGGCGUCCAUUUCGAUUGCUUUUCAUACGAGAUACUUUUUACAUUUUACAAUGAUAUCGACUAAAAAUAUUUAUAUAUAUACAUAUAUAUAUAUAUAUAUCUAUUCAGAUUGUUACGAUAUGCAAUUACACGUUUUUACAUUAACCGCUGCUUUAAUACUUACAUUGUCAAUAUUGUAUUAGAUAGAUUAUUAUACAAUUUUAAGACACGGAGUUUACGUUACAAACUCGACCCGUCGUUUUUGCAGCCUCUAAUUAAUAUAUCGUGAAACGGAGGUGAUGCAUGAAAAUGCCUAUGUAGUACGGACAUCCUAGAAAUCGUAAAAAGUAUUAGCCUCUGUGUCUACUUAGGUAUUCGCAGUAUUCACCUUUUAAUGCCUCUGUCUGUGAUCGCUUUAAUCUUAUCGAAGUGUCCAAGCGCUUGCGACGAUUGUACAUCGGAUAAGCUCCACGUUAAUAAAGACAAUGACAUUAAAAAUAAUGAGACUAAUAAGUUAGCAUAAAGUAUAUGUUCUUCUCUGCGGGAGCUUGAACACUGCGCAUAAUUCUUAAAGAUCUCACAGGUAGACAACAGUUUAACGAUCAUGUACCUUGAAAGUAUAGACUUUGUUAUGUUAAUGUAAUGAAACGUCUGUAAUAAAAAUGCGGAAAAAUUG